AUGAAGUUUGGAAUAUUUUCAUAUGCUAUUCUAUUUGUAUUAAUUCCAUUGAUAAGCACUACGACUAACCAGUUAAAAUGUUAUGUUUGCAAUUCAAAUGUCGAUGAAGGUUGUGAUGGUGAUUCUGUACCAGACGUCUAUAAAGUUAAAUGUAGUGCUAUGAUUCGUCCUUAUUGUCGAAAAAUCAUUCAAACCGUCGGUGAACAGAAAAGUGUUGUACGAACAUGUGGUUCCGCAGCUGGAUCAAAAUCAUGUUAUAAAACACCCGGAAAAAAUAAUGCACAAGUUUGUUCGUAUAACCAUGAUUUUUGUAAUCAGGCAACAAGUUUUAAUCGACAAGAACGAAUCAUGACCAUGAUGUCAUCGAUUAUUAUUCUUACAAUUUCCAUGCUUAUAAUUCGUUAA